AUGUCCCCGUCGGUCCUGGAGGCCCUGAAACUCACCACUGCCAUGAAGUGUGCCCCCCACGAGGGCUGCUCCCUACUCCUGCGUGUGCAGGCUUCCCUCAUACUGCAUGAUAGCCUGCGGGGCUUGGAGGCCUGCUCCAUGAAUCUCGACACCCAGGAGACCCAGUGUCAAAACGUGCGGGUCUCCAGGGCCUCUCGUCGACGGCAGGUGGGGCGGCAGCUCCAGGUGCAUUUUGAUUGCUUCGAAGUGAGUGUGGCUCAGAGCCUCUACGUCACCCUGAGGACCGUCCCCCACUUCUGUGGGGUCCAGCUGGACCAGCAGUACCAUGUGGAAGUCGAGAAGUUCUCCUACUGGGUGGACCGCAGCCGCAAGGUCAUUCUGGUCCAGGUGCCCGAGGCCCCCGGGGCCCCCGACUACUACGUCCGGCUCUGCCUCAAGUGGUUCACCUGCGAGGAUGUGGGUUCCCCGGUGCGGGUGACAGUGAACAGGAUGUCCCGCACCGUGUCUCUGCCCUACAGCCAAGAGCUGCCCUGCCUUUGCCUUGAGGGCUGGUCUGCGACCCCUGACGCCGUGCGGAUGCAGGCCUGUCCCUUCGAAGAUGAGACAGAGGCCCUGUGGGACGCCAUCCGCUACCACCCGGGGGACCAGGCACUGAGCUGGGAGCCGGCCUGUCCCGUGAGUGGUCACGUGAGCCUGUGCUGGCGCCCGGGGCCAGGGGCCCUCUGCCACAACCUGGAGCACUCCGGCCGGCCGGCACACGGCAGGGUGCAGUACCCGCUGGUGGACGCACAGCCCCAGCUCUGCCUGAAGUUCUCCACCAGCCGGGGCUUCCGGGUGAGGUGCCCUUUCCAAGAGCGACGCUUCCAAGCGCUGCCCAUUUCCAGGUGCACCUGUGUCACCAGAGGAAGUCACGGCCCCCUGCCUGCCGCCCAGUUCUCGGGGCCACGGCCCUCCCCUCAGCCUCAGUGA